AUGGCGUGUGAGCCGCCCGCCUCUUACUCCCGAAAAGUAGGUGGCAGUGAUGCACCUCUUAAACGUUCGUUGCAAUAUGCCAUAACACGGAAAGAAGAAGAAAGAAACUACGUCGAUGCCAGCUGCAAAAAAAGAAGACGAAAGGACUCAAACCACAUUAGGCUACGUCUUUCCAAGGAAACUCACAUUUUCUCAAAAAUGGCGGACAGACUAACACAACUUCAAGAUGCAGUAAAUUCGCUUGCUGAUCAGUUCUGUAACGCGAUAGGGGUGCUACAACAGUGUGCACCCCCAGCAUCUUUCAACAACAUACAGACAGCACUCAACAAAGAUCAGCCUUCAAACCCCACUGAAGAGUAUGCUCAGCUUUUCGCAGCACUCAUUGCUCGGACCGCCAAAGAUGUGGAUGUACUCAUUGACUCACUGCCCAGUGAAGAGUCCACAGCAGCUCUUCAGGCGGCCAGUCUGCGACAAUUGGAGGAAGAGAACCAUGAGGCAGCCACCCGUUUAGAGGAGGUUGUAUACCGUGGGGACUUGUUAUUAGAGAAAAUUCAAAGCGCUCUGGCUGACAUAGCUCAGUCACAGCUGUGCACUCGAAGUGGAGGACUAAGCCAGCCCUCACCACCUGAAUUCUGAAUCUGACACUGCAUAUUGGACAUUAACUUUUCUUGGGCCAGGUUUCAGCUUCAAAAGACAGAUUUUUACAACAUGAAAUUUGUUGGAAGUGUCUUCUGGUGGGAUGGCACUGAUUUCUUUGAUUGGUUUUGCAAGUUUGUGAUUCUAUGGAUUGCCCUUCUUUCCUUUGUGUGUUUGGAAUGUUACGAAUUCAGUGAAUACUAGUUGGUUGUUUUAUUGAACGAAUGAUAGAUCAGUGUCCUUGUCUGAACUGUUGUUUUUGGAGUUGCUUGUUCAUUAUCAGAUUGUGUGCCUACUACAAAAUGAUGUAAAGCAAUAUUACCAAAUGUUUGAUAACCAUUUUUAUAAACUGCAACACCAUGCUUAAAUUAAAUGGCUCAUUACGUUAAUUAAGUAUUUGAUAAAUCAAUUAAUGCUCACCAUUUUAAACGGUCAACAUUAAGCUCACAGCUCUGCACUUAAAGUGGGGUCAUACACUACCAUUUGAAUCCUAACCCCAUAAUUAACUGGAGAUUGUAUAGAGAUUAGGGAUGCACCGAAUGUUUAACAACCGAAAAUAGCCCAAAACAGCACUUGCGAUGUUCGGCCGAACAUGUGAAAAGACUGAAAAUGUUACCUAACAAUUACAUUUGUAAUGAAACGAUCAAAUAGCAACCAGUGUGGAGUGAGACGUGCACGCUUUAUAAAUGCAGUAAACAUGUCAACAGUGAGGAAGCAUUUCAAAGUGUUCGACAAAGAUGCAAAAAUUACCAUUGUAAAGUUAGUUUGAAAUUAAAUAUUCAACAGAUAUUUGGACAGUCA